CACUAUAUGGAGAGAACAUUAUCUUUGGAGAGCAAUGUAACAGAUAAUUCCACAGGUAAUAAGUCUAAUCAAGCCAUAUGCAAAUUCCCCAUCGAUGAUGUAAAUGUGCCUGUUAUAUUCAACGUACCCAGCAAAUCAGGAAGGUCGAAGAACAAGGACAAGAACAAUAACUUUGUCAACUCAACCCACUACCCCCCAACUCGAUAUAUCACAACCACAUCGAUAUAUUCAUCAUGACGAAGACCGCGCUCAUCACAGGCGCAACUGGUUUACUUGGCAGACAAGUUUUAAAAGUAUUUGAUCGAGAAAAUUGGAAUACAGUGGGCACCGGAUUCUCGCGCGCAAAGCCUCCUACCAUUCUCAAGGUAGAUUUGGCUUCCGAGUCUGAAGUUUCAAAGGCGUUGAAUGAAUCCAAACCUCAAGUCGUAAUUCAUUGUGCAGCGAAUAGAUUCCCAGACAAAUGCGACAGCGAUCCUGAAGGAACACGCGCUCUCAAUAUCGCAGCUUCUGCCUCAUUGGCCAAACUCUGCGCCGAACAAUCCAUCCUCCUUAUCUACAUCUCGACCGAUUAUGUUUUCCCUGGCACCGAAGGUGAUGCUCCUUACGAGACAAGCCACACCGUAAAACCCCCGAAUCUAUAUGGAGAAACAAAACAUGAGGGCGAGAAAGCCGUAUUGGCAGAAUAUGAGAAAGUAGGCAAAUCGGGUCUGGGAGUGGUCUUGAGAGUUCCUGUACUCUACGGAGAAGGUGAACCCGAAGAAAGUGCAGUUGGUGUACUUGUCAAAUCGGUCUGGAAAGCCCAAGAAAAAGAUGCCAAUGUCAAAAUGGAUCAUUGGGCCCUGCGCUAUCCUACCAAUACAGAAGAUGUAGGUCGAGUUUUGUCAGAGAUUGCAACCAAAUAUCUUGAAAGUAAAGACCCAUCAUCUUUACCACGAGUCUUGCAAUUUUCUUCAGAGGAUAAAUUUACAAAAUAUGAGAUCUGCCAACUCUUUGCGGAGAUUUUGGGAUUGCCGCUGGAUGGUAUGGUCGCAAAUACAGAGGGAAAUGAUCCAAAUGCUAGUGUGCAGAGACCUUAUGAUUGUCAUUUGUCUACAAAGGCAUUGAAGGACUUGGGAAUCAAUGUUGCUACGAUGGAUUUUACUGGAUUUUGGAGGAGAGAGAUGAAUGCUUUUAGGAAGUAGAAAGCAUCAAGCUGGGAUGCAAAGGUAGUAGCUGAACACGCUCCCAUGUACCACAAUAGUAGUGUUCUCUCACCCAGAAUUCCAUUAUUGGUCAAAUUCGUAUCACAAUGGAAUAUCUAGGAACAACGUCUCGUGUCUCAAGACUGGAAGUUCAAGUAGUUCAAUGUACUUCAAUGGCUAUCAUUGGCAAAACGAUCUAAGAUCUUUCGAGUCUUUCCUAUUUUCCCCCUCUUUUUAGACAGUGCUACCUAUGUAAUGGCUUUCGAACUGGGAGCCCGAUUCUAGUAGCUAUGAAAAAGUCAGACUGAUUCAAAGGUUUGAGUGCUUUCGUAUACUUUAAUAAAAUAUCUAUACCAA